AUGUUCGGCGACGGCAAGCUCUGCACCUGUAAGACCAUCAGCGAGGAGGACCUCGCCGCCUUCAUCGCUGAUUGCAUUUACUACGAGGACAAGGCUAACAAGGUGCUGCCCAUCGGCGGGCCGCUGGAGAACGGGGAGAUGCUGUUCCGGCUGCUCGGGCGCGAGCCCAAGUUCAUCAAAGUGCCCAUUCAGAUCAUGGACGCCGUCAUCUGGGUGCUCGAGGGAUUGGCCAAGCUGUUCCCGGGCUUGGAGGACGCCGCCGAGUUCGGCAAGAUUGGCAGGUACCAUGCCUCGGAGAGCAUGCAUGCUGCUGCGGGACCCGGAACAGGCCGCAGCAAGGUCAUCGGGUGCUCACAGCGGGCUGCCCGCUUGCAUAUGCAAGCGUCGAGGGCAUCGUCGAUAGCGGGGUAG